AUGGGGAGACGGUGUAGUAGGAUCUUUUCCCAAUUCUUGUGGAGUGGAUUAUCGGGGAGCGAUCCAGCGCCCGCGAGGAAGAAGAACAAGGAGAAAUUGAGGAGCAAGAGCGAGGAGGAAGGAGCGAUCGCGACGAGGAAGAGGAAGCUCGUGAUCAAGAGAUGGUGUCGGCGAUCACAGCACGAGAUGAUCAAGAGCUGCCAAGAGGAAAUAUUUCGAGAAGAAAGAUCGAUCCAAGGAGGACAGCGAGCUCCGGCCAACUCGGAGGAGGACGAGGAUCGUGAAGAGCUUCUUGGCAGGAGAAAUCGAUGCAGCCUACAUUCUUCUCAAUACUCGUCGUCGCCGUCCUCCUCGUCGACCUUCCGCUGCUUCGAAUCGUCGGAUCGAUCGCCAGCAUCGUCAUCGUGGAGCAAGAAUCUCAACAUCUUGGAAGCGUCGAUCAAGCCCUGGGACUGCGAUGUUGCGAGAAGAAGAAGAAGAUCGAGGUCACGGAGAAGAAGAGGAAGUGGAGAUUAUGUCCAAUGCUCCGUGAUUCCUGUGUUGUCAAGCAAUCCCUACCGGGAUUUCAAGGAAUCCGUGUCCCAGAUGAUCACCGGGCAGCGGCAAAUCGACCUGGUAGAGCUACUGGAAUGCUAUCUGGCGCUCAACUCUCCCGGAUCCCAUCGCACAAUCUUCCAAGCUUUCUCGGAGACUUUUCUCUCCGGAUGGAACUAAAGAAAGAGGAGAAAUGCCGCC